AUGAAAAAAAUAAUUAGAAUGGAGAAGAUAGUUCCUGAGAUGAGACAGACAAUAGAUGCGGUGGAAAGAGGAACAAGGACACUAUUCGACACACUAAACCCACAAAAACUAUCUGCUGCCUCAGUUGAUGAGGGGAUAUUUCCAGAUGAAAUACUAGAGUGCAUUGAGAGAAGGAGGGAGCAUCUCCUUAAGAAAAUGGAAAUAUUUAUGGAGAAGGAAAAAUCAAAUACUCUAGAGCUGUAUGAUAGAGUAAGUGGCAUAGAAGAAAUCAAAACCACAAUUAGGGUCAUACUACUUGAGAUAGAAAAACUGCAAGCACAGACCGGCACUGCCUGUGUAAAGGAGUGUGGCCGGAUGGUGAAUGAAUUAGAAACUAUUAAUAAGAAAGUACAAUCUGUAAAUUAUGCUUAUAGAAAGCUAUACUAUGUAACAUUAUCUGUAUUUAUACUUACAAUAAGCAUUAUUAUUAUGAAUAUGCUUUCAGAGUAAGAAUAUCAAAUAACCCCAAAAUAGCAUAAUAAGAUUCUAUUUUGGUUUAGCUUAUUAGUAAUAAAAUAAAAU